AUGCCAGAGUUUGCGGCCAAUAACCCAUACUUUGUGGUGCCACAGCCGAUCUGUGAUGAAAUCCAAGCCCACGCAAACUCGCUGAUCCCGGCAAAGGGCGCCGGCGCGGACCAGACGAAAUCAGUCUCUGCCGGAACACCAGACUCCGGCGGUCGAAUCGCGCCGUAG